AUGUUAGAUAAGAAAGCUGACAAAACAGAGCUUCAAACAUUAAAGACAGAAAUACUUCAAACAUUAUAUCCUAUAGGUUCUAUUUAUACGUCAAUGAAUUCAACAAAUCCAGAAACAGUUUUAGGUUUUGGUACUUGGGAACAGAUUGUAGACAAAUUCUUAUACUGUGCUAACUCUUCAAAGCAAACAGGGGGUUCGAAGAAAAUUACUGAAGCAAACUUACCUGCGCACACUCAUACAGGAACUACAAACUUUUCUGGCGACCAUAGCCACUCAUUAAGAGACCAUCCAUUAUACAACUCAGAAUAUAAAGCUGGCAAUGACGUUUUAUCUCCAUCUUAUAACAAUUCAGCAAAAAAGACUUUUCGACCAACUGAACCAGGAGGAAAUCAUGUCCAUACUUUCACAACAAAUCCAACAGGCUCGGGUGCAGAUUAUAUGCCACCAUUUAUGACUGUAUUCACAUGGUACCGCGUUCAAUGA